GAUACAGAAUCCCAGCCCCUUGAUUAAAGCUCUGUUUUAUUAUGUGUGUGUGUGUGCGUACGUGUGUGUCUGUCUAUUAUCCUGUGUGUGUGUCUAUACGUGUGUGUGUGUGUGGUGCUCACUCAAGUGUGUCUACAGUGUGUGUAUUAACGUGUCUCCCCCCUGCAGGUCGUUAUGCAGAGGACAUCUUUGGGGAUCUGUUCAACGAAGCCAACAGCUUCUACAUGAGAAUGAACAGCCUCCAGGAGAGAGUGGACCUACUGGCUGUCAAAGUCACACAGCUAGACUCUACCGUGGAAGAAGUGUCUCUGCAGGAUAUCAACAUGCGUAAGGCAUUUAAGAGCAGUACCAUCCAGGACCAGCAGGUGGUGUCACGGACCUCAGUCCCUAACCCUGUUGUAGAGAUGUACCACCGUGGUGACAAACCUCCGCCUCUCAACAUACUCAGCCCUUAUAGAGAUGAUAAGAAGGAUGCAUUGAAGUUCUACACAGACCCCUCCUACUUCUUCAUGCUGUGGAGAGAGAAGAUGCUUCAGGCUACGGAGGACAAACGGAAGGAGAAGAAACGGCAGAAGACCAGCUGUCCAGCCCACUGUGACCAGGGUAGACCCCACAGCAGACAGGCUCCACCACGCAGCCCACUGCCCAGCUCCGAGCAGCAGAAACAGGUGGAGGAUCCGGGCAGAGAGGUGAAGAAGGUGAGGAAGGCCAGGAAUCGCAGACAGGAGUGGAAUAUGAUGGCCUAUGAUAAGGAGUUCCGCCCGGACACACGACUCACCCCCUCACCCUACCACGGAAUGUCCUCCGAGGGGUCAUUGUCACCUGAUAACAGGUCGAUGGCAUCAGACAUGGGCGAGCAUUCCUACCCUGCCAGCCCUAACCACCCCUCCCAGCCCACCUCUGCCCCCCACCCCAUCGAUGGUGCCCCCCACCUCACCCAAGCCCCCCAGACUCAGUCUCUGGACAGGGGAGGGUACCCCAGAGCCAACCCCCCCUCUGGGGCGGCAGCCGCAGCACGACAAAUCGCAUCACUGGGGCGCACCCAGCCCCCCCACCCACCCCCCGCCCACUCCGAGGGAGGGGCACUCAACGGUCCACGUCAGCAGUCCGUCAAGGACUACAGGGCUCAUGGCGGCCAGCCAUCCACCAUCCCGGAGUACUUCAUCCCCCCAGCCCCUCCCCCUCCUCCCCCAAUCAUCCCCUCCGCCCAGACUGCCUUCGACUCUACCUCCUCCUCCCCCCUCCCUCCCCCCUCCCUCCCUCCUCCCUCCCUCCCCCCCGGGGCUGUGGCCAUCAUGUCCCGUUCUUACAGUCCCUCCCCUCCUCCUCCCGCCCCCCCUGCCCACUAUGUCCCCUCCCCCUCUCACGCCCCUCCCCAGGCCCCCCCUCCUCCCCCACCAGGCCUGCCCCCAUCCCACAUCCUGUCUCCGGCUCACGCUAUUGGUGGGUCUCAAGGAGAAGCUCCGCCUACCAGGAAGGGCCAGAUACCGAUGAUUCCGAUAAGCGAUGCCCGCAGCGACCUGUUGGCUGCCAUACGUAGAGGUAUCCAAUUGAGGAAGGUACAGGAGCAGAGAGAGCAGGAAGCGAAGAGAGAGCCCGUAGGAAACGACGUGGCCACCAUUCUCUCACGUCGCAUCGCCGUCGAGUACAGCGAAUCAGAGUCUGACUCCGGCGGGGAGGACAACGGGGAGUGGUCCGACUGAGAGGGGUCAUAGGUCAAGGGAUUAGGCUUUUGAGGAAAUGGGGUCUAGUUUGGUCUGGAAGGAUGGGAGUGUCUCAAUAUCACUCUACAGAAUUGUGCCUCAAACGCUUUCUAUCUUUCUUUCCUGUAUUCACAGAUCUGAAACGACUUGGUAGGUGGAUAGGCAAUUAUGAUGAUGUUUUAGCUUCGGUCAGAUCUAUGGACACUGAAGGGGGAGAAGAAUGAGGCCAUAAGAAUACACCCCCCCCCCCCCCUCCCAAUCACUCAGUUAGGCAGUCAAUCAACCAAUCAAUCAUCAAUGUUACGCUCCAGUAUUACAGUACUUAGCAAUAAGCAGUACAACACUACAACACAUAUUACAGUACUUAGCAGUGAGCAGUACAACACUACAACACAUAUUACAGUACUUAGCAGUGAGCAGUACAACACUACAACACAUAUUACAGUACUUAGCAGUGAGCAGUACAACACUACAACACAUAUUACAGUACUUAGCAGUGAGCAGUACAACACUACAACACAUAUUACAGUACUUAGCAGUGAGCAGUACAACACUACAACACAUAUUACAGUACUUAGCAGUGAGCAGUACAACACUACAACACAUAUUACAGUACUUAGCAGUGAGCAGUACAACACUACAACACAUAUUACAGUACUUAGUGAGCAGUACAACACUACAAGCCAUGACUAUGACAUUGCUGAGGUAAACUAAAUGGGGUUGGUUGAGGAGCACAAGUCAGCUUGUGUCAAGAAGGUGGGUGACAUGUUUUUUAUUAAGUUAUUCCCUCAAUUCUUUAUUUCACGUGGCUCUUACAUAACCUAGACAGGAGUACAUCUGAGAAGAGUUACGGGGUCCAAAAUGGCACCCUAUUCACUACGUAGAGCACUACAGUUGACCUGGGCCCGUAGAGCUCUGGUCUAAAGUAGUGCAGUAUAUAGAGGAUAGGGCACCGUUUGGAAUGCAGACUGUGACUAAAAAGAUGGAAAUAUAUACCCAUGGCAACCAACUCCAAUUAUCGGAAGGUUCAGCUGGUUGCCCUGAACAAUGCUAAAUCUAGAACUCAAACAGACGCGGUUCCGGUAGAUUCUUACCACAGAGCGCGGGGGUGUCGGGGAGGCGGUGCUAUGAUGCGUCCCUGAGAUGCCACAUUUGUGUGAAACUGCGUAGGAUCACACACACACACACACACACACACCAAAGAUGUAGGAUCCCACCUUUUCUCCACUUGUAAACAACAACAAGAAAAACAACCUCAUAACCAAACAAAACCCAACUGACAAAAGACAAUACCAAUGUGCAGUGCUUUUUAAAUAUGGCUUUACAGUUUCACCACCUCAUGUUUUAAAAUGGAUGUUUUAAGAGAAUCAUAAAUAAACACUAUAUAUAUAAAUAUAUCAAAUAAAACACGACAUAGUUUUACAUCAGCAACAACUACUCCGUAUGGGGGUCAGUGAGAUUUGAGUACGGUGCAGUGGGUUGACUUAUUUUCAAGGGCAAGUUUUCAGCGCACGAUGUAUUGUGGGAAACGUAGUCAUCAAUCACAAUAUUAGACCAGUUUUAUUCUGUACUGAAGCCUCUGCUUGUGGUGUACUAUGUGAAGUAGCUUUGUACAGCUGCACAGAUGCCUAAAUCACUUCAUCUAACGUUACUCACAGUGCUUACUGUGUUUGCUCAGUGCUUGUAGAGCAGGGGUCUCAAACUACAGGCCCGUGAUCCAAAAGCGGCCCCUGAGCCGAUUUAAAUAACGUGGUACCCUGGGAAAAAUUAUAUUGAGACCACACUUGCAGAGGAUAUAAUCAUAAUAAAAAAAACAUUUAAGUAUGGAUUUUAAACUAAUGAAGAAAGACAUGGAGAAAGACACUGAAAAUACUUUAUUUUGCAUUUUUGUUUCAAUGUGCCACGGAUAGCAAAUAAACAGGGACACUGCACCCUUAAAUAGCACAUCUAAACUAAAUAUACAUACAGCUCGUUUGGGGAUGAAGUUGAAUCCUAGACAAUGAUCUAAGAGCAGUUUUAUGGUUUUCCCGCUAAUAGUUAAGGUUACGAUUGGAGGGUGGGUAAACUGAUCCUAGAUCUGUAUCUAAUAGAAACUUCAGUGUACUGUAUGUAGAAGCACAGCUGUGAAUGUGAAAUUGAUUAACUAAAUGUUUCUAUAGGGAGUUAUCCACCUCAUUUUCGAACGCUUUUAAAAGAUGAAGCCAAACGCGGGAACUAUGGCAACAUCUUUCUCCGCGCUUGCGCAUUAUCAUGAUUCAUAUGCGCGCCACUAGAAAUUCCUGCAUUAGUAUGUUUCUGUUAGCGGAGACAUCAUGACAAAAUACCCCAUGUAUUACUGUCCUGCUGAUGUGCCUGGACCGUGUAGGCUAAACUGCUCAUUAAAAACACAUAACUGAUCCAAAUGGUUGCCCAGUCAGGCAUGUUAGUUUCAGUUAUUUCCAAAUUAAUAUGUAUUCAAAACGCCAGGCUUUUGAGCGGUUAUUCAAAUGACACAGGGUAUUCACUGCAGUUAUAGCCUAGACUAGAGUUUUGUACGCACUUGAAAACAAUAAUAACAUAAUUCAUUACACUGUGUUGUUAUAGCCUAGGUAGGGUACAUUUCUUGUCCCUAUAAAACAAUAGGAUAGCUUUCAGAGCUUCGUACCCACGGACGUGGAGGGACCGCACUCAACGCAGCCUCGGGAGCGCACAUAGUGUUGGCUAACUAUGAUUUCACUAUCUGAAAAAUGUUUUCUUUCACUGUGUAAAUUGACUGGAUAAAUUCACUGCAGUAUUAUGCCUAACACUGAGUUUAUGAAUUAUGGUCUAAUAUGCAUAAGCUUAGGCUACAGGUCACGGUACAUCUCCAGCCUGUCUGUCUUCAUUGCUCUGUUGAGUGUAACAGUAUAACUUUAGACCGUCCCCUCGCCCAUACCCGGGCGCGAACCAGGGACCCUCUGCACACAUCAACAACAGUGUGCAAGCCGCGGCCCUUGCAGAGCGAAGGGAACCACUACUUCAAGGUCUCAGAGCAAGUGACGUCACCGCUUGAAACGCUAUUUAGCGCGCACCUCCGCUAACUUGCUAGCCGUUUCACAUCCGUUACACUCAACCCCCUUUUGACCUCCUCCUUUUCCGCAGCAACCAGUGAUCCGGGUCAACAGCAUCAAUGUAACAGUAUAACUUUAGACCAUCCCCUCACCCAUACCCAGGCGCGAACUAAGGGACCCUUUGCACACAUCAACAACAGUCACCAACAGCGUUAAGAACGGGCACGGAGUUGGAAAGGAGAAGCCCGUAUUGUCCUAUCCUGUUAACACCAGACUACAUCCUGACAAAAUAGACCUACACCGUAUGAGUGACCUAAUAAUGUACUUUUCUGGACCUUCUAAACUGUCAAGAAUAGACCCAGACUGAUCCAAAUGGUUGCAUAAUCAGGCCUAGGCUGUUACCCUACUGUAUGCAGUUAUUUCGGUAUGAAACAACCACAUCACUGCAGUUUACAGCAUAUAGACAAUAAUGGUGUAUUCACUUGAUAACAAUAAUACAUUGUUGUAGGCCAGGUAUAAUAAUUGUAUGGCCUAAUAUCUAGAUAAUAUUUACCUUCUUACUUACAAACGUUAUUGCACAUGUAGCUUGAUCCUUUUUUAUACUCGUCCUAAUAGUCUAUUGGAGGGAAAGCAGCAGGUUUGCUCGCGCUAAUUGCUGAAUGUAAAACAGGUCUACGGCAUAGAAAACGCAUGUUUGGGGAAAGUUGAGGAAAUCGUGUGAUCACUUUUGUACAGUUCUGAUAAUAUUGUUGCACUGAUACAUUGCAAAUAGUUUCAGAGGACAUACAGAGAUGAGCACUGUAAAAAAAAAAAAAAAAAAAAAGAAGACCCAAAGAAA